AUGCCCUUUGCACAACUCGUAAUCGGCCCCCCGGGCGCCGGCAAGUCGACCUACUGCAACGGCAUGCAGCAGUUCAUGGGUGCGAUCGGGCGCAAGUGCUCGGUCGUGAAUCUGGACCCGGCCAACGACCCCGUUCCUUCGUCCUCGUACGCGUCCUACGAGCCGGCCCUGGACAUCCGCGACCUCAUCUCGCUCGACACGAUCAUGCGGGACGAGGAGAUCGGGCUCGGCCCCAACGGCGGCGUGCUCUACGCGCUGGAAGAGCUCGAGGAGAACUUUGCGGGCUGGUUCGAGGAAGGGCUCAAGCGGCUCGGCGACGAUUACAUCCUCUUCGACUGUCCCGGACAGGUCGAGCUGUUUACCCACCACGGCAGUCUGAGGAGGAUCUUUGCCAGGUUAGAGAAGAUCGGGUAUCGUCUAGUUGUGGUCAACCUGAUUGACUCGUACGCCCUAACGCUCCCCUCGCUGUACAUCUCCACUCUCCUGCUGUCCCUACGGAGCAUGCUCCAACUCGACUUUACACAUAUCAACGUCCUCACGAAAGUCGACAAUCUCAGUAAAUACCCUCCUUUACCGUUUAAUCUGGACUUUUACACCGAAGUCCAAGACCUAUCGUACCUGCUCCCUUAUCUCGAGGAAGAGUCGCCGAUGUUCAAGCACGGCGGGAAAUUCCAGGCGUUGAAUGAGGCGAUUGUCCAACUCGUCGAAGAGUAUGGGUUAGUCGGCUUCGAGACAUUGGCAGUCGAAGAUAAAAAGAGUAUGAUGAGCUUAUUGCACACGAUUGACAGGGCGGGGGGGUAUGCAUUUGGCGGCGCCGAGGGCGCGAAUGAUUCUGUUUGGCAGGUCGCUGUCAGGGAGGGACUUGGUAAAAUGGAUGUCAGGGAUGUCCAGGAACGGUGGAUCGAUAGGAGGGAAGAGUACGAUGAGUUAGAGAGAAAGGAGUGGGAGGAGGAGCAGAAGCGGAGGGAAGACGAGUGGAUGAAGAGCGGAGAGGGGAUGAUGAGAAUGAAGGAGGAUGGAGACGAGGACAUGAGCUUACCGCCGAUAAAGGAUGGUGGAGUAAAAGUCGUGAGGAGUGGGAAGAAGCAUUCGUGA